AUGGGCUCUCCUUGGCUCCUCCUCUCGUCCCUCAUCUUCCUGUCUGUCCCCUUCACUUCCGCCACCACAUCGGAGCACGCCACCGUCCUCGUCCGCGUGGGUGCGGUGGCCGCCGAAACCUACGACAACUUCAUCUGCGCGACGCUCGACUGGUGGCCUCCUGAGAAAUGCGACUUCGACCAGUGCCCCUGGGGUCUGGCCUCCGCCCUUAAUCUGGUACCUUUCUCCUCCCCACGCACCAUCAACAGAUCACUCUAUCCAUGAACAGAGAGCUCUCAUUCUUCUCCUCCUUUUGCUCUCUCAGGACCUGAACCAUCCUCAUCUCGUCAAGGCCAUCCAAGGUACGUAGAUUAAGGGAUAGAAUUCUUUGCUCAAACUGGUAAGAAAGUGGAUGAAGAUGCGACGUAUCUCAGCAUCAGGAACUCCGCUGAAACCCAGGUGCUUCCGUGACCGAGUUUCAGCUCAUUCUAUGCAGCCUUCAACCCGCUGAGGAUCAGAAUCGGCGGCUCACUGCAGGACCAGCUGGUGUUCGAGGCGCCCGAUCGUGUGUGCCUACCGUUCAAGAAGACCGAAGGAGGUUUGUUCGGGUUCUCAGAGGGAUGCCUCCCCAGGGCGAGGUGGGACGAGCUCAAUCUCCUCUUCCAAAAGACCGGGUAAACUCCACAGCUCGAUCUAAACUUCAGUAAUCAGAAGAAUUAUGGGGAAUCGGCGUAAAACUCCACACCUUGAUGGAAGGUGAGUAUCAGAUGUUAGACGAUCCACGAGAAGCGCCUGGUCAACGAGUAAUUAUUUUCGGAUAUGGUUAUCGAAAGGAAAAUUGAUUUAACCGUCCCUCAGGUUUAGGAUUGAAUUAGGAUGCAUCAGUCAAAAUAGAACUCAGGAUGCUCUUGACUCAGACUCGCAGCAACCAGAAGACGCGCCACUUGGCAAAUGACUCCAAAACGGUUUUGUCUUUUCCGACCAAGUUAUCUGGGGAGUCGUCUGCGCAAUAUACCUCUCUGUCCCCCUUCCUCUUUCCCCCUCUUUCCCUCUCUCUCCCUCCCUCUCUCCCUCUUUCUCCUCUCUUUCUCUCCCCCUCUCUCCCUCUCUCUCUCUCCCUCCCUUCCUCUCUCUCUCUCUCUCACCCUCCCUCCCUCUUUCUCCUUCUCUCUUUCUCUCCCCCUCUCUCCCUUCUUUCUCCUUCUCCCUUUCUCUUCCCUUCUCUCCCUCUCUCUCUCUCCCUCCCCCCAUCCCCAGCCCCCCCCCCUACGCGGGUGGUCAAUUAGGCGUCUGUGGGUAUCAGCUACUGAGUCACCAGCUAUAUGUUUCUCUCUGUUUCAGAGCCGUCGUGACGUUUGGCCUUAAUGCUCUGAGUGGGAGGCGUCUUAUAAGCGGCAUCAGGUGGGGAGGCCCCUGGAACUCCACCAAUGCUCGGGAGCUCAUCAAGUACACGGUUUCAAAAGCAUACUCAGUUGAUUCCUGGGAAUUCGGUGAUCCCUUCUUUCAUCCAGCUGCGCUGGCUCCCAUUCUACCUCCAUUCAAUCUGCUCUCAGCUCAUGAGCCUUUUCCUAAACCAGGAAACGAGCUGAGCGGCCGCGGCAUCGCCGCGAGAGUCGACGCCGAGCAAUACGCUAAGGACGUGGUGGAGCUGAGAGCCAUGGUUGACCAGCUCUACCAGCCGCCCCUCCGGCGGCCCCUCCUACUGGCACCGGGCGGGUUCUACGAGCAAGAGUGGUACGCCAGGUUUCUCCAGAUCACGGGGCCGAACGUUGUCGACGUCUUGACCCACCAUCUCUAUAAUCUCGGUGCAGGUGAGCCACACCCUGCGAUCUCUCUCUCUCUCUCUCUCUCUCUCUCUCUCUCUCUCUCUCUCUCUCUCUCGACAUAUGCAUAUAUUGCCCUAUAUAUGGAGUUAACAAGAAACAAGAACAUGAGCCCUCAAAUGGACCAGCGAUGUCCGACGGCAUCAUUCUUUGGAGCUUGUAAUUAACUAUCGAUAUCAGAAGAUAUCUGAAUCCUUCAUGGGUCGGAGAAUUUCUCUCGAUGACUGCAUCCUAUUCGCUUCCAGGAAACGAUCCCAACCUUGUGGACAGGAUCUUGGACUACCGGCAUCUAGAUUACGCGGGCAACACGUUCAGAGACCUCGAACAGACGUUAAACAAGCACGGGCCGUGGGCCUCUGCGUGGAUCAGCGAGGCCGGCGGGUCCUACACCAGCGGUGGCCGUCUCAUCUCCGACACCUUCGUCAACAGCUUAUGGUCAGCGUCGUUCAUCCUAUCCAUAAAGUCAACGGUCAUCGCAGGGUAUUACCUAAUCACGCACGCUGCAGGUACCUGGAUCAACUGGGGCUGGCUGCCAAGUACAACACCAAGGUCUACUGCAGACAGUCCUUGAUAGGCGGCAACUAUGGUCUCCUAGACGUGAAGAAUUUCAAGCCGAACCCCGAUUACUACAGGUCACUAAUUUUGAUACGUUUUAAGUAAGGGAGAUGAUAAUCCUCGCGUUUUAAAUAUUACUUAUUGCGGCCUCUCUGGUUCAGCGCCAUUCUGUGGCAUCGACUGAUGGAGAGGAGAGUUCUGGAUAUUGGCAUCAGCGGGUCCUCGUUCCUGCGAGCCCAUGCCCACUGCGCCAAGCACCAAGUAAACCUCAUUCGUUCAAAUAUUUUCUGAAAUGGUUUUCAUGUUUUGAUCUCCGUCGUCGAAGAGAAAUGAUUUUCCCUAUUCGGAAAGCUCCACUAAUGAGUGUUAGAAGUUUUGCCGGAGUUUCCCGGAGGUCUGAUCCUGUAGCCUCCGUCUGAUACGCCCCCGUCUCUUCUCUGGUUGGUGUUGCGCAGGCGGGGGUCUCGCUGCUCCUCAUCAACCUGAGCAAGACGACCAGAUUUGUCGUCACUGUGAGGAACGACCUGAAGGUUCUUGUGGCCGAGGGAAACGGCAUCCAGAGGGACGAUGCAGUCAUCCGGCAUCUCAAGAGAGCCGUGUCCUGGGUCGGCAGGAGAAUUUCCGAGGCCAGUCCCCGGAGGGAAGAGUAUCAUCUGACCGCCGCUGGGGGCAACUACCAGAGCAAAACCAUGCUUCUCAAUGGGCACCCGCUUGAGCUCACGGAGACUGGGGACCUCCCAGCCAUGGAUCCCAUCCUGACCCCUCUGAGUUUUCCAGUCACCGUCUCGCCCUUAUCCGUCGUCUUCGUCAUCUUUCCGAAUUUGGAGGCCAAAGCUUGCGAGUGA